AUGUACUUCUCUUCUGUCUUCGGCUUCGCGGUCCUGGCAUCCGUCAUGUCUGCUGUCGCAGUCCCUGCAGCUCUUCAAGUGCGCGGCCAUUGUGGUGACUUGUAUGAUAAUCACCUCGGACCUGGCACUGCAGGUGCUAUCAAUGGUGGCAAACAGUGCCAAAAUUUUAGAAAAGCUGGAGAGAGUCCAAAUGAUCAAUCAACCUACACUAUGAGAAUGAAUGGCAUUUGCCUUCACUGCGAUUUUUACUUCAAAGAAAACUGUAUUGACGCAUCAUACGGCAUGGGGAGCACUAGAGGACUCUCUGGAAACGAGCAAAAAGAUUAUAGGAUUGCUAAGAGCUUUCGGUGCUAG